AUGAAGCACAUUUUCAAGAGGUUCCACUUCGGCGGUGGCCAUGACCCCAGUCGCCCCUCCCACGAGAUCUCCGCCUCCAGCGUCCCCUCUUCGUCGGCGACGUCACCGACGGCGUGGUGUGGUUCGAAUCACCGGGGGCGCGGGGGCGGGGCGGUGGGGGCCCCCGAAAUCGCCCCGCCGUCGCCAUCGCCGUCGCCGUCGCCGUCUCCGGAGGAGGGGAGUGCCAGGGCAGCGGCGGAGCGGGCGGAUUACUUCUCGUCGGAGGAGGAAUUCCAGGUUCAGCUGGCGCUCGCGAUCAGCGCGUCGAAUUCAGAGUUCAGGGAAGACCGGGACAAUGAGCAGAUCCGGGAGGCCACUCGCCUCAGCCUUGGUAAGCAGCAGACGGACUCCGCGGGAGAGGAGGGCACCGCCGAGCUGCUCUCGAGGCGUUACUGGGUGAGUGAUGGUGGCCAUUUCUGGUGGUCAAUCCCAAUUUUGCGACGAGUUAUUCAUCAUGCGUCGCCUUUCAAUACCUACAUGAACUCAGAACCUCCGGCCGUUAUAAAUAUUCAUAUAAUGAACGAAUGAGAUCUCAUAAGUUCCUGGUGGUGCUGUAACAUAGUGAAAAAUUCAGUGUUUUUUACACGUGGAGUAAAAUAGCUGCUCAAAUUCUCCGGGCAUUCAAAUUUCCAUACAUGCUGUAAUCCCUUGUUCAGAGAGUCCAUUGAGGUAUUUUAAGGUACUUUUUUGACUUUCUUUCUCCCAUAUUCUGUGCUCCUCAUAGUAAACCGACUACAAGUUGGAGUGCUUCAGAUGAUAUUUUUUUCAUUCUUUUAAAGCUGUUGUGACACUAAGCUGUUAAUUUAGGAUGAGCUUGUUUGAUGUUUCUUAGCAUUGUGGAGAGGAAAUAGUGAUAAUUUCGUAUUACCAUGAAGCACAACAUUAGUAAUCACUGUUUUUCUUUAUUCUCUUCAGUUAUUUCCCGAAACUGCAGAAGAUGGAAGUUCUGUUUGCAAUGAAGACAACGAAAAUCAAUGCAUUCAAAUAAUUAAAGAAAACCCAUUUCUACGACUAAUCCUGAGAACCUAGUUUGAGAGGAGGAACACGAGAUAGUUAAAAAACAAUGGUAUGCUUAGUAUAAUUCGUCUAUUUCUCUACAUGAACAGUGCCCUUCAAGUAUCCAUAGAACUGAAGACUUUGUGUAUUAAGAAUACCAUUCUAUCUGGUUCUUGCACUCUGUUAGUCCUCCAUAUCUUAAUAUAAACAAUAUCUGACAACAGCCUCUUCAGGUACACAGGUCCUCUCAUGAUUCGUGAAGAUGAUCAAUUCACUUUUGCGAGUCUUUGCAACUUUAAAUGGAAGAAUCACACCGAAGUUAUCUUUAUAUUGCAAAUCGUACGAUUAAGAUAGAAUAUAACCACACUCUAAUCCGUGAAAAUUGGCACAUUGUUGGGCCUAACUGGCAGCCAUAUUUAAUGGUUCCAUUGGCUUCUAUAAUGAUUGGUUCCUUCUUUUGGUAUACAGACUUUUUUCUGAUCUGCUAUACUCGUUAGUAAUUUGCCAUUCUGUUUGCAAUCUUUCACUGAGGCAUUUUUUGUUUAUCACUUAUAUCUUUCAUUUUAGCAUAAAGGAUUAUUUGUUUGAAUGAUCCUACAUAGUGGCGCUAUUAUGCAUUUUCUUGAACUGUGUGUAUCACGGCAUUGGACCAGAUGAAUAACUUGGGGUCGUCAACAACCCUCUUUUGUAGAGCCCCAUGAUGAUGCAUCGCAUAGAAUCUUCAAUUUUAUGUUCUGAUGCUUCUAGUUGGUGUGGAUUGUGGUUAAAAUUAAUGUAACCUAUGUUCUCAAAAGUUCUACGCCAAGUGUCCAGAAUUACUGCGUUUUUCGCAUAAGAUUAAGAAAGCAUGAAUUUGUGAAAUAAUGUAAUAUAUUUUUUCUAUUAACUCUUCAUUUUUUGAGGAUUUCAAGAAAUAUCUUUCUAUCUGGAUCCAUCUCUGUAGUAUGCCAAACUACAACUAGAUUCUGCAUGACCUAAUCCCUCAUACGGUCUGUAGAUCCGCCAGGUCGAUGUAAAAUUGGGUAGGCUAACCAACGAGGAAUAUGAGUUUUUUGUUCAUUGAGUUGGUUGGAUACACCUUUGAUUGACAUAACCUUAUCUUUUAUGGCUCUUAAUAAGCUCGGACAAGUGGGAGACUACCACACGAAGAUUUGUUUACUGUUUUCAUAGCAGAUCGGAUCAGAUUCUAAGAAAAUCUGAAAAGUGUGAAACAUUUCUGUAUGGGUUAAUUCUCGUAACAUUGUUGUUUUAAAUCAUUCAUUGAUCUUGUUUUAAACCUACGUAGCUUUUGGAAAAUUGUCAUCUAAAGAAGCCCGUUAUCAAUGCUUACUAUAUUUUUCUCACUCUUGCUUCUAUUUCAUUUUGUGUCAGAACGGUGUUAUGUUUCCCGUUCUGUUUUUUGGAUCUUUCAUACAUCUGUUCAUCUGUUUGUUGGCCCAUAUCGAGGAAUAUGAGAUUUGAAAUUUAGAAGCUUGUAAUGCCUACCUAUGACAUUUUCUCAUUCUUGGUUAUUAUUUGUAGUGGGUCAGGAAGUGGUUAUGUUUCCCAUUCAGUUUUUUGAUCCUUGCUGCAUCUGUUUAUUGCCAGGAUUACAAUGUGCUCGAUUAUGAUGUGAAAGUGAUGGAUGGCUUUUGUGAUAUAUUUGGCCUAUGUGUUGAUCCAGUGGGUCACGGAAAGAUGCCUUCCCUUGCAGAUCUCCAAACAAAUAUUGGGGAUCUUGGUUUUGAAGUUAUAAUCGUAAAUCGGGCAAUUGACCCUGCCAUUGUAGAGUUGGAGCAAAUUGCUUACUGUAUUGCCUUAGACUGCCCCUCUUCUGAGGUUAAUCUUCUCGUGCAAAGAAUUUCUGAUCUUGUUUCUGAGCAUAUGGGUGGUCCUGUAAGGGAUGGCAGUGAUUUCCUUGCAAGGUGGAUGGAACGAAGUUCUGAGCUGCGAGCUUCUCUACAGACAAGCUUAUUGGCUAUUGGUAGCAUAGAUAUUGGUCUCUCUCGUCACCGUGCGCUUCUUUUCAAGGUUAAGGGCAGUUUCUCUUUUGCUGUUUCUUGAUAACUUUCCUUUUAUUAUGUGCAGGAUUAUUAGGAAAUAACAUUCUUUUUGUGCCAUUUUAUUUUUAACUGUAUUUAUUGGCAUCUACUUCCGUGGUUAUGUUUUUCAAUUCUUUCUAAAUAUGUUUUCUGAUUUCAGUUAGUUUAUCCCUGGUCAUUUGCUGCAGGUUCUUUUGACUUUGAAUUAAGGUAUCACUGAUAAUCCUUAGUGAAGGUUGUAGGAUGUAAACUUCACAUUCCAUGAAUUUUUGAAAUCCGCUCCCACAGUCUUUUCAUUCAAUCUCCUUGCUUUCUAAUUGUCUUCAUUAUUCGGUUGUGGAGAUUGGCUUUUCAUUCUACAUUAUUUUUUUUUAUACGCUUCAAAGAGAGUUUUUACCCUCAUUUUGGUCUGUAAUGUCCUUUUGGUUCACAUGGACCCUAUCUGGGUAUUUCUUGAAAUGGCUUGUUCCAAUCUGAAUACAUAUAUUUUUAAUGAGUUUCGACUUCAAGGCUUGAUUGGCUGACUCAAAAGAUUGAUUGGCCUGUUGUUGUUCCUGGUCAGUCUGAUUCAGUCUGGCUGGGGGAUACGGCUAAUGAAGUCCAGGAACAGGCUAUUCGGGAAGUCCAAUCCUGAUCCCUAUCCCGUCCGUUCUUGCUUCAUGCUCCUAUUCUAAAUCGGAUUUGUGAAUCGUCUGCUUUGGUCUACACCUCUUGCGGUCACCCUCCCCACUUCCCCCUGAAGUGGCUGAUAGUAAGAUUCUUGUUCUAGUGUGAGCAAAAGAAGAUUCAAGUGAGAUGGACGUGACAGAUGGAAUCCUUCUCUAGAGUUGUAGGGCUUAUUUUGUGUAUAAACAUACCAUGCAUGCUAUUUGAUUUCAAUCUCCUUAUCUUGUGUUUUAUUGAAGUGAAUUUAAGUAUUUUAGAUGAGGUGAAAUUUGGUUCCUUGUUCUCUUUUUUUUUGGGUGGUGGUACACCAUGAAAGAAUUGAUGCAAAUAUUAUCUUGACUUUGUGGAACGUUUCUAGGUGUCUUAGGAAUUGGGCAAUCUUAAUUUCAUCGAAGGAAACCGGCUUGCCUCUAAUUGUCGUUAUUUUUUCCCUUAUUUUCUUGCGAUAGUUUUGACCUUAUAUGUUGCCAGAAAAGAAUCUUUUAAUUUACUUAUCUAAAUAGCUGUCUGGUAACAGUAAACUACUUUUUCAACAGUAGAACACCCAAAAUCUGCCGAUUGUCUUCAUGUUGCGUAUUAGGAUCUUGUAUCACUGCCUGAUCUUUCAACUUUUUAUUAAAAUAUUUUCACUCCUGUGUUUCAUUUGUCUGUGAUAGGAAUAGAUAUAGCGAGAUAUGGUAGCUUACUUGGUGAACUUAUUAUCUUUAUUCAACUGUAGGUUUUGGCAGAUCAUGUUGGCAUUCCUUGCAAGCUGGUCAAGGGAAGUCAUUAUACUGGUGUUGAUGAUGAUGCUGUCAAUAUCAUUAAGUUGGAUAACAGGUGUGCACCUUGGUUAUCCAUAUUCUGGUUUUAUUUUGCGAUAUCCACUCCGCCAUAGUUGCAUUUUCUCUGACAUUGAAACAUGUCUGAAUCUGCUGUUAUUUGUAUUUUCCAUGCGAAUCCUGCCAUAACUAAUUGCCGGUUAUUUUUUUCAUAUUUAAUUGGCAUAAAAAAUAAAUUAUGUGAUUUUUCUUUUAUGGUAGAAGAACCCUCUUUUUGUGGUGACCAGCUUUUCCAAAAGUGAGCCAUUUUCUGUCACGAGCAUCUGAACUUUCCCUAAUGAAUGCAGUGUCACUUGUCGAGUUGAAAUCAAUAAUAUAAAAAAUGUGUGAACCAUUUUUUCUUGAUGCUUAUUGGAAGUAAUGGUCAACAAAUGGAUACUAGGUUGGUCUUGUGAAUCUUAUUAAAAUAAGAUAAAUAUCAAUGAACAGAUGAAAAGUGUUUUCAUUGUAGACAGUGUUUAGCAUUUCAUCUACAUAGAACGUUAUUUUCUGGUUUAUCUCCAUAGGUAGUGGGAAGCAAUUUCUUCUUGAAGGAAGAAAUUAAGGUUCAAGCUCUGAACAAGUUGGGGCUAAUGAUAAUAAGUAUAGUUAUAAUCAUUGCCCCCAUUAUCAUCAUAAAACUGUAUUUCAUCAGUCAGUGUACAGUCAGCUAAGGCCUCCUGAUGCCAAGAAAUUUGAGCUGGGGUGUGGUUUUCAUCCAAUCUAAAGGAAAAGAAAUGACCAAAAGAAAAAAUAAAUUAGAAGGAUGUAUGUUCAGCUGUUAGGUGAUAUUUGUAACAUGUUUAAUGUGAAGAAAGAACGUGGUUUUACUCAGGUAAUUGGCAACUUGGUGGGGACAAAAGAAGCCGAGAAAAAGGAAGAGGAAGUGGGUAGCUUCUCCGUUCAUCUUCUUUUUUCAUUGCUGACAAUGUGGUACUCUCGCGUUCUUCUUCUAUUUCCUCAGCCAAAAUCAGGUCCUUUUUGUCCUUCUUCUCCUCCACAUCCUCCUUCCUUUCCUUCUUCUACUUUUGUUCUUGCUCAUGCUGCGAUCCCAGUUUUUGCAUGGCAGUGAGUGUUGGGGAAAUUUUAGUGUCCCACAUCUAGUGGGCUAAGCAAGUCCAAGCUACCUGGCUUGUAUAGUUAGCGGCUGAUUCCAUAGAUUAGUGACCUGCCACCGGCCUAAUUUCUGUCCCCUCUUUGAUACCACCAUAACACUGAUUCAUGAUAAGUGUGGGCACAUGGGAAUCACCAAGCUAAUAUUGGCCAGGCAAUGGGAGAUCAACAUAUGUAAAGGCAAGUGAAAAAGAAGUGCAGGUUUCGAAUAUCAAACUAUAUCUAAAUCUACUGCUCAUCUAUAGAACUGUUAUUCCUCUUGAAAGCUUACUAAUGUGCUGUAGAGUAUUGAGUGGAUUAGCCCAGUAGGUGGCUCGUCUGACCAAAAUGAUGCCAAAAGUUCAGUGAUUGUACUUGCGAUUAAACUUGCCAAAAGUUUAGUCUUAUUUGGUUGAAUCCUCCUUUUCACAGAACUGGCAGCCAUUUGUCAAGGCAAGGUCGAAUUUAUUCACACUAAAAUAUAAAAUCACUAAUUUAUGGUUUUGAAAAUUUCUCAUUUUUUAAUUGGAAAGUUACCCAUGACUUUAAAAGCCUUGAUCUGUGAGACACCUCAAAAAUGCAGAAAGAUCUGGAUGAUAGUUUUUAGGGGGCUUCAAAAGUUCAAGAUAUUCUUCUUGCCUGUGAGGGGCUGUAUUUCUGUUGACAUUCUUCUUGGGCCAAGUUGUUUCGUAACUAGUGGUAUUUCUAUUGACAAUGGAUAUGUCAAGUGUAUGAAGUAAAAUGAAGCUUUAGUCUGUUGUAAAAUCUUAGAAGGAACUAUAUGGAGGAUAUAAAAGAAAUAUGUAUCGAAAACAACAGAGGAAAGGGAUUCAAACAAUAGACGAAUGUAAGUCAAAGGCAGGUAUGAAGCAUAGAUGAAUAAUAGAAUAGGAAGGAAAUGCCACAAGUGUAGGAGAAUGGAAUCAAAAUGGAAAACACUAUUAUAUGAUGGAGAAAUAGAGAUAUGGGGCAAGUGUAGUGUGUUGAAGAGUAAGAGACAAUGUACAGAAUAAAUAUUUUAUUUUUUUAUUUAUUCCAAUAUUCAUAUUGCAUAUUUGCGGUCUCCAAGGUGGUGAAAAUAAUAUACUUAUAUCGUCAACUAUAUGUACCCUUCUUUUACUGUUGAAGAUAUCGGAGAAAUUGAUAUUUAUUUCAAGUUAAUGAUAUAAAUUUAUUAUGAAAUUUUUUCUUGAUUGUGAUGUUCAUUUUUUUCUGUCUCCCUCUCUCAGGGAGUUUCUGGUUGAUCUGAUGGCCGCCCCUGGAACCCUUAUUCCAGCUGAUGUUCUUAGCGCUUGGGGUAAUUCCUUGGAAUUUGGUAAUCAAAGGACGAUGAAUCAAGCCUCUUGGACAGCUAAUGAUUCAAUGUCACCUCUUCUGUGGAUAGAGCCAAAUCAUUGUGAUGCAGGGAUUGGGAAAUCAACUUCAGAGAACAGUGAGAUUAUGGGUAAGAUGAUGAAACCUAAAAAUUCAUCAUCUUCAAGUGCAAGUAGUGGAGAAUUUUCUUCAAGCAGUUUCAGCCGUUCCGGGAAAAAAAUGUUGAAUGAAGUUCUAGGUGGUAAUCCAAAUCAGUUUGGACCAUCUACAAGCGCGGUUCCUCAGAAAGUGGAUAUUGAAAUUCCCUUGGUCAGUGGGCAAGAUAUCAUAGACUCUGGAAACCUUUUUGCUGAAUUUAAUCCAUUCCAGUUGACUGGAUCUGAUAGAGCUCCUCAGUGUCACAAACCCACUGAAACUUGUAAAGAUGACUUUCAGAGGAGUAGAGUAAACAUAGUUGCAGGUUCUGGAAGUCCGCCUCCUCCCAUGUUUUGGAAAAACCGGUCUUCAUGCAAUGAGAUAUAUGAUACAAGUCUCCUUCCACGGAAAAAUGUUGUGAAAGAUCUUAAUACUUCAUCAUUAUCAUCUUUGAGCUCAGCCAGUCCUGGAGUUUUGAACUCUGAUUUGAAAAGCACUGGUAGCUCCUUUGAGGUGAGUAGCAGUCGCUCUGCCUGUGAAGAUGGAAAGAAAGAGUCAGGUUUGGAUCAAUGUUACCCAGUAUCGGUUCAUCAUAGUGUCAUAGAUGGCGAGGUUGUGAAUACUGAAUCUUUAGAAACGAAGCAUGAAAGCAAGGCUGAUCACCGACUAGUUCGGCAGAGUAACAUUUUGUGUGGACCUAGUGAUGUGAAAAACUCUGCUGACAAAUAUUUUUGGAGAAGAUGCACGAAUGACAGAUUUAUGAACUCCAGAUUUCUACUGAAAGAUCCUGGACCUUCAAUAAUUCCACAGCAGACACCAAUACAAAAUCUUGAUCCCGUGUUAGAUGAUGUAGCUGAAUUUGAGGUCCCAUGGGAGGUCCUUGCAAUUGGUGAAAGGAUCGGGUUAGGUAAUAUAUCAAGUUUUGUCUCAAUAAUUUUGCCUUUUUGUCACCAUUGCUAUUCUUGGCCAACCUUAUUGUUGAGCGUGAUUUUUCCUCUACAUCUGGUUCAAAAUUUUCAUUUUUAGUAGGACCUCAUGGAUGAUCUAAACUGUAUAAUGACAAAUGCUGUCUCAUUAUUUAUUUCUGGUACUUUGGGGGAAGGCCCCCCCAAAUCAGUGCAUAGAAAGAGAGUUUUUAGGCAUCUGGUUCUGAUCCUAAAAAAAUUCCUUGAAUUAUUGGUACUGUAACCAAAGAUCAGGGCCCCAACAUUUGAAAAGAGACGCCUGUUGAAGUAAUUCAAUGCCUUCUUAUGCCGAGGUGAACAGAAAAUUAAAAUUAAUAUAUAUUUGUUUAGAGAUCCUGGACACAUGAUGAAGCUGUAUUUUAGGUUUCUGUGGAAUGUUUUGUAUGCAUAAUAUAGAUGGUAAGAUUUUAUCAUUGAUCCUUUGAUUUAUUCAUAAAUUCAGUGGAACAAUCACAAAAAAAAUCUAACAGUUUGGAUUUAAUUUGCAUAACUUUCAGUGUCAGAACUUUCUGCGCAGAUUUUCCAGGUUUUUUUUGUCUGCUCUGCAUAGGGUUCAAAUUAGUGUACAGUAACCCCCUUUUCUGUUUAUUUAUUCUUCGUAUUAUCUUCUAAUUUAUUUCAGCGACUUUAAAAUGGGAAUGUAGAAAGAAAUGUAACUCCAGUAUAUUUUCUGUGUAAAACUUUUUAAAUGAAAUGAAUAAUUUCAAAUUUCUUGUUAUGUUAGGGUCUUAUGGGGAGGUAUACCGUGCUGAUUGGAAUGGCAAGGUGAGUCAAAUCAUUUCUCUGAUUUCUACUUUAUUUAUUGGUGUCCUUGAUAUGCUGUUCCAGAGCCAGUAGAAAACGUGAGAAAAUAAGUAUUGUGCAUCAGAUGUAUUACGAAGUGCUUUGGAUGAUUUUAUUCUGCUGAAGACUUUGGGAGAAAUUUAUAUUGGAAUCUAAUGAGAGGUUUUGUCAUUAUUACUGAUCCACUAGUACAUUUCUUCAAAUAUAAUAAUUUAUGUCACCGUACACAGUGGGGAAUGCUGUGGGGCAUACUUUUUUUCCUUAUUUUGUAUUGAUUUUUCAUUUUUUUGUAAAUGGCCUUUUUGGAUAUCUUGCAUAAUGUACUUCGUAGAUACUAUGCCCAGAGUUGGAUAAUAAUACUGUUUUUGUGUAUCCAUCGUUUUCUUAGCAAAUGCAAUGGAAGGUUCAGUCGGAAACAAGUUAGGUUUUUUCUCUCCUGUUUCGUCUUCCUUGGUAUCAAAGAUUUUUAACCUGAAAGGGGAGGUGAAGCCCAUUGUUUGAUUCAUGAUGUACUACCAUGAUUGUUUUCAUGCCAUGGGUUCAACUUUUGCUAAGUAGAUCUCAGUACAACUUUUUUGACUUCGCACUUCUUGCAUUCUCUUGCCUGUAUCUGCUACAUUCUAGAAGUAUUUACAUGAAAUAUGAUGACAAUUACUUCGAUAGUUGUCAAAUAGGAUUUCCAAAGACGUCCAUUAAUGUAUGCCAAUGAUUAUAGUCAUUAUCUUCACAUCAGGAAUGAAAUCAGGUGACACUGGUCGAAUCCAGAUUGUGAUUGGAUUGGUCAAAUACUAAAGUCCAUGUAAUAUAGGGAAAUUCAUGUUUACCAAUAAAAACCAUAGCUAAUGUGAGUGUUCUUUCAAGUAAAAGAGUAGAUAAUAGAUUUCAUCAUACGACAUCUGUGCUAGGAGCUCAGUAACAUUCUUCUUUGACAUAAGAUAUUCUAUUUAUCUAAUAUGGCCCGCUUUGCCCUUUGGAUCUUUUUAAUGACAGGAAGUGGCUGUGAAAAAAUUCUUAGAUCAGGAUUUUUCUGGAGAUGCUUUGGCCGAGUUUCGACGAGAAGUGAGUGACUAGAUUCUUUCACGUGAAUUUUCUUCAAAAAUACUUUAUUUUGUUGAUACAUUACUUUAAUAGUUAUAUCUGUAGAUUUUAAUCACACGUUAAUGUUAAGAAGACAAUGAUGUAUCUUUGAUGUCAGGUACGAAUCAUGCAGAGAUUGUGCCACCCAAAUGUUAUCCAUUUCAUGGGGGCUGUCACUCGUCCUCCUAACCUUUCUAUUAUCUCCGAAUUUCUCCCAAGGUAGAAUUUUUUGUUUUCAAAGGUCUCUCCUAUUUAUAAUUGUUGAUUAAAUGUUGUGCAGUAAAUUACACUGUUUGCAUUUGAUUUUUGAUAGCAACAUUCUGGUUGCUUUUAGCGAGUUUUCUGAGUUUAAUUUCACAACCACUUUGUUUUGAGGAACUAUGAUAAGAUCCCAAAUCAGAGAAUAACGAACUUGUCUUAUUUAAUGAAAAUAAGACAGAAACAGAAACAAAUGAAGAGACAGAAAUACUAGAAGAAUUAAGAACUGGUUGGAGAGUUGCAUACAACUCCUGAUCUGGAACCCCCAAACCCUCUCGUUGAUCCACGAGCAUAAUACCACCGAUUUUUCCCCCUAGAUUCCUUCCUCUCUUGCUCCUUAUAUCCUGCUUCUUGCCAUAACUGCUCUUUGCUGUAAUUGCUCCUUGCUAUAACUGCUCCUUACUAUAACUGCUCCUAAGUAACUGCUACCUGUCAAAACUUCUCCUUCCCUCCGUCCUGAAGUAAUGCUGACCGUUACUCUCUUAUUGGCUUUUGGGCCUUCUUCCUUCUAAAAUAUGUGCGUGGAUGCUUAUCAAACUAUCGCAGAAGUUUUUUUUCGUUUUGAUUUUCAUGAUCCCGAAUAUAAUAAUAAUUUUUUAGUCAUUACUUAUGUGCAUAGGUAAUGUUGGUGAUCUGUUAAAUAAAAAUAAUGUACUCACUAUUUUUCACUGGAAUACAUGAAAUUGCCAGUCAGGGAGUGAUAAUUUUUCUAGGAUUCUAGUUACAGAUUUAUAGUGGAAUUGUAGCAAUGUACUUCCCAUUUACUUCUCUGACCGUUUCUCCAUGUCUGAUCACCAGUUGGUUACUUUUUGGUUUAAUCAUUAUUGACUGUUCUAUAGUAUGAUGUGAGGUAAGGUUUUGGAUAUGCUAGUUACAGAUACAGCCAAGAGAAUGCAAGAUAUAUAAAUUUAAAUAGAGCCCCUAAAAGAUUCCUACAACGGAAUGGCUGGUAACUUUGGAGAUAUUGCAUCUUAGAGAUAGUGAAGAAGUUUUUUUUUACUUUAAACUGAAUGUGAUAGAUCAUUGUAAUUUUUGUGGUACCAGCAGUAACUAAGAUUGGCAAGUGAAAGGAAUGUUACAAUGUACAAUGACACAAUCAAUUAGAUGUUUAGAGUUGUGUUAAUUUUUCUUCAUUAACUUAACACUCAAGAUUCGAAAACCGUAAAUGUUUUUUCAUGAUAGUGAUUUAUGAACGAUCACAGAUUUUGGAACAAAGUGCCAGUGGAGUAAGAUAAGAUGUUGAACAAUAGUGAUGGAGAUCCACAGUGGGAGAUCCACAGACACCUAGUGAUGGAGAAUAGAUAGAUAGGUAGGAGUUUUACUGUUACACACAUAGAUGUACAUCGAGGGAGCAUUCUUCUAAACUCAAGAUCAUCCAAUAGGUUUAGGUUUAAGGAUUAUAUUUUGAUUGGGAGUCAGCUAGGGCUAAUCUCUAUUCGUAGAUUGUGGUUGAUUGAUCCAUUUUCGCUGAAGGCAGGUUGCUAUAUUGGCUUAACUUAAUAAUCUUUAAAAUAUUGAGGAAAAAUAAAUGAAGAAGAAUACCAAAACCUUUAUCUUUCAGCCUAACUGAAUUUCAGAGUGUUUUUUAAAACAGUUAGACGUUAUUUAACUGGCUGAGUGGCUACUUAGAGUUAUCACGGAACUACUUAGUGGUGGCUAGUGAUCAAUAGUAUAUACCUAUGCUGUGGCAACAUCAUGGUUCAAAUGUUUUCAUCAGACAGUUUAUGGUAUCCUACCACUUCAUGCACAGUAAUUUUUUAGUUGAAAGUUUGUUUCAUUUUUCAGAUUCGGGUUAAUCCUAUCUGAAUCAGGGAUGGGAUCGUCUUCCUGAUUCCCAUCAUGGUGUAAAUUUUUGAAUUGUGUAUAGUGAGAUCCUGGUUCUUUCAAGUCUGAAGUUUUGCCAAUCUUGUCAUGCAAUUGACACUAACCCACUUCUUUUCCCUCUUCACUGGGAGUGAGGAUGUGGUUAUUAUUUGUUGUGUCAGUCUUGCUCUUCAGGGUAAUGUCAUGUGAAGUUUUGACCCAGUUUUGAAGAAGAGAUGGUCUAAUUGAGAUCUUUUCUGCCAAGUGGCGGUGGAUGUUGAUGGAUUGUAGUGAAAGAUGGAAUGAUGUAGGGAGACAACAUUGUAAUGUCACUGUAGACUCAGUAAGUGAUAGGCCUGUUCCAAAACGGGAUUGGGAGGUGCAUGGCUGGUUAGUGGUACGUUUCAACUGUCAAUUGGACGAUUCAGAUGGUGUAGACUGCUCCUGCUUAUGGAGCUGUGGUCUGUGGAAUCAUUCAAUGCUGGGUCAAAAGUGAAAGACUGAUAGACGCUUUAAAUCGCAUUACUGCUUAAAAACCUGGUUCCGAUUUAGAUUGGCAUUCGUGAAACCUGAUCUAAUUUCGGGACCAACCUGACCUAGCAGCCUUCAGGAAGCUAAAAAUCGUGUCACAUGCUGGAUGUAUUUCUCUAUUUUAGGAUCAGAGUUUUUGGAUUCGUAGGAAUAUGGAGAAAAUUAAUCGGUGACCCCUCGAUUUUUAGAAUUUUUUACCUUCUUGAACUAAGGAUCGAUGAUUUCUUUUUUUUGGUGUAUUCUCAAGAAUAAGAUAAAAAUGUGUACUGACAGUAAAUACCCAGAGACCAUCUCAUAUGAUGAUAUUUCAGUUACGUUGUAUUCUAUGAGUCUCUCUCUAUCAGGAAAUAAGAUUGGACUCGAUGAACUUCAAUGCUAUUCACUCCAAAAUAGUUGGACUAGUUUGGUGGUUCACCAAGUGAAUUUUUAUGUAUUUUGUUAUACACCAAGGUUGGUUAUAAACAUCCUUUGGGUUUGUUUGUUAAAUAUGCCAAUCUCUUGGGAGGACAUGGAAAACACUAUCUCAUUUUUGACUUUUUUCACAAUGCCAUCAUAAAUUGCAUGACAUAAUGGAGUUGCAUUCAUGAGGUAUCUUGAAAUGCCUCAUAAGAAUUUUCUUAUUUUCUCAUGCUUCAGUAAUUCUAUGUCUUGUACUUGUGAAAAUUCGAUUGAUUUUUAUGUGUAAAUAUUGGCCUGACAGGGUAUGGUUGUAUCAUUUUGGCUGAUUCCUUUUUCAGAGGGAGUUUGUAUAGAAUCCUUCAUCGUUCUGAUUGCAAGAUUGAUGAGAAGCGUCGAAUUAAAAUGGCCCUUGAUGUGGUAGGAACUGUCAAAGCAUCAAGAUUAGUUGCAUAUGAGUUUGUACUGCACAUUAUGUAUCUUUAACAUCCAGUUGCCUUGUUCUUUAGGCCAAGGGCAUGAAUUGUUUGCAUACGAGUACUCCCAUAAUUGUACAUCGAGAUUUGAAGUCGUCAAAUUUGUUGGUGGAUAAGGAUUGGAAUGUCAAGGUAUUGGAAAGCUUUUGUUACCUUUGAAAUUUUUUUAUUUUCCUUGAUUCCAUCACUAAUUCUUGUUGCUUCGAAAUUCCUUUUAGAAACACAUGGGAGGAAAUCAUCCUCAAUUGCUAUUCAUGAGGAAAGCCUAUAGAUUCUUUCUGAUAGAAAUAUUGCUGUCCUAAAGCUCUAUGCUUGACUAUUGCUUUUCUGAAUUUUCAGUUUGGUACCUUUCGAAAUAUUUUGUCUUCUUUGAUCUUCUUCUGAAAUAACUGCAUGCAUUUUGUUUCCGAGAGAUGCUGCUACAGAAGUGCGGCAUAAAAAUGAAGAGUGAGUUGCACGACAAGUUUAUACAAAAAAUUGCAUUCACCUAUUGUUUGUACGACUUUUCCAGCUUAUUCCUUACCCGUGAGAGGCCAUUCUAUUCAAAAUCACAAGUUUCUAGAACCGGAUUUCUACAAUAUCUAUUUCCUCAGUUUCUUCAGCUUUAGUUUUGAUUUUCACUUCCUGUACCAUCUGACAUGAAUACCAUGCCGUGUGAUGGAUUACACCGCUGUAGUUUCCCAAUUAAAGUUCCUCUGGCGUGAUGGUUAUCAUCUUCUUAGCUCAUUUGAUAUUGAUGUACAUAUAUCUGAACAUAAUAAUUUUAUUGAAUAGGGUGACCAUAUAGUUAUGAAACUUUUUAGGUGAGAAACAUCAAUUAGUUUUAUGCCUCUUUCUCAUUAGGCACUUAUCGUUUUCUUCACAUAGCUAUCUAAUAACGGCAUAACUGGAAUUAGUAGACUGCGGAUUAAUCAAUUUCAUGCCAUUGACCAGGUGGGAGUCAGUUCCAAUAAUUUUGGUGGAAAUGAAGAAUUCAGGCUAACUUUUUAUAAUUGACCAGAAAAUUAAUAUCUUAUGCGAUACGAGAUCAGUGGUUUAAUGUUCGAAGCAUUCUGACUGGUAUGCAGGUUUGUGAUUUUGGCUUGUCACGGUUGAAGCACAAUACAUUUUUAUCAUCAAAAUCCACAGCUGGAACGGUAAGAUCGAAUUCUACAGGAUCUUUGGAGUUCAACUGCUGCUGAUUAUUUCUACUAUUUUGGUGGCGAGUGUAAAUUCUUGGUUAGCUAAUUAAGGAACUUAACCUUUUCCCUGCAUAAAUUUCAUUGGGUACGUUAGCCGGAAUGGAUGGCACCGGAGGUUCUGUGCAAUGAACCAUCAAAUGAAAAGUAAGUUUGAUUCCUGACCUGUGACAAACUAUUUGAUGGUGUAUUUUGGCUUUGAUUCUUCACGUAAUUCACAAUCUUGGGAUUAAUUUCGUCAAUGCUACUAGAUUUGCAUUCUUAAACUUAUGAUAUCUGCGGGGAAAUCACUGUAGCUCUAAGUUCCAAAAAGAUAUUUGAGUUAUCAAUAAGAUUUCAUGAUCAGGAUCUCUAGAGAUUGCAUGCAGUAUGUCAGAAGAUAGGUUGCUAUUUCUUUGGCUAGUGGAUAAACAGUAAACUACUAAUAGCAUUCAGGAACUGAUUAAAAUACAGUCACUUCCUUUCCUUUUCAGCUGACAGUGUUUGUUGAAUAACAUGGGAAUUCUGGUAUUUUCAUGAUUUAAUUACUGUGAUGAAUGAAGCAUUUUGCCAAUUGCAUUCUACCAAACCAUGAACAUUGAUUCGUGAAAAUACGUAUUAUGCCUACUUCGAUGGAUCAAAAUUCUAGACACUUUUGAGAUUCUCAGUGCAACAGGGCUCACAUGUUCUAAUUUACGCAAGAAUUGUAGUCACUGUUAAUUUUUUCAUGUUUUAUCUCAGUGAGGCCGUCAUAUUCUUCGAUUCGCUUGGGCUAAUUCACUUGAAUGUUCUAUGUUCUGCAUGAACAAUCAAUUGUUUCAAUAUUUUUGAAGAUCCGCUUGUCCACAUUAAAAUCACCCCAACAAUUAAAAUUCAAAGUGCUUAAAUUUUACUGUUUUUUCUUUAAAACAUUGUGAAAUAACUGCUGUGAUUUUUAUUUAUAUUUUAUAAAAUGUAUUUUUAAAUGAUGGCUUAGGAUCCGUUUCCAGUAAGAGCUCAUUCUGUGGAUUCUUUCUUUCAACCUUGGUAGCUUUGAAAACCAGUAAAAACUUGCAUGUUUUGAAACGGGAUCCAUCUUCAUGUUAACAGGAUCCGUACAAUGUAUGUGGAGCCCUUAUCCAUUGUCAUUCAUGUGUUAUCUGCGUGUGUGCAUGUAUACAGAAAGUUGGGAGCAUCAGGAGUACAGAAGGAGAGAAAAAACUCAAUGGGGGAGAUAUUUACUUUCGUUUUGUCCACUAAAUUUUUUAGCAGCAUUGAUGGCUCACGUGGGUGAAUCUGGUUCAGAAAUGCUUCUAAGAUGGCUUGGAAUAUGGCUUGGAAUCUGGUUCAGCAUUGAUGGGAUUGAUUCAAACAUGAUUGCGAGGAAUAUGGAUGGCCUUGUCAAGUCUUGGACCAUGGACACAAUUUAUCCGAGAUGUGGCUUCCCUCAAAUAAACAACACUCAUUGGGAAGGACUGAAGUUCAGUUCUUUGAUGGUUUUUCCAUCCACGUGGCGUGUAGAGUAGCUUGAAGAAUCCCACCUAACGUUUUCAGCAAAGACCGAUUAUAUGCUAUUCGCUAAAGAUCUAGAUAGUGGUCACUGGAUAAAACAACCUCACUUGGGAUGUGCUGCAGAGUUUCUUCUCUUUGCUUCUUGUAGAGUAUCAAAGUUGAGCGGUUUUUUUACUCUGGUUUUCCAAGUUAUUCGCCAUGGAAUUGAUAAGAGUUAUCAGUCUAGAGCAUCUUUCUCAUCUUACAGUGAUGUUUUCUUAAUCCACAAUUAUAACAGCACCACUUGCCAGGCAACGUUUUGCUUCAUUGUUAGCUCAUUGUUUAUUUGGACAUAUUUGGUGUAAAUGAAGAGUGUGAGGUGUACUGUUUUGCAUCUUAAACGUCUUAUGCUUUCUUCAUUAUCUAGUCUGAACAACUUUCUUCCCUGUGACAUUGUUCUAGUCUGAACCACAGCCCCACUCUUUACUUACUAAAGCCUGGUUGUUCUCUGAAUGAUGAGAGAAGCCCCUAGAAAAAUCCGCUUUUCAGCUGAAUGUUUCUUUAUCAGAACAUAUUAUAGGCGUGUUAGUUUGGAUGAGUCUUCUAGGGAAUGCAAUUGUUUCCAAUUUGAACAUGGUAUUCUGAAUCACUGUAAAUGUUUCUUGAAAUGUUCUGCAGGUGUGAUGUCUAUAGCUUUGGGGUCAUUUUGUGGGAGCUUGCAACAUUGAUGAUGCCGUGGAGAGGGAUGAACCCUAUGCAGGUGGUGGGCGCCGUCGGUUUCCAGAAUCGACGUCUUGACAUCCCAAGGGAGGUUGAUCCUUUAGUCGCUAGGAUUAUCCGGGAAUGCUGGCAGACGUAAGUAUCUAUUUGCAUAAUAACAAGGUUUUGGGAAUAUUUUCCAAUAACUGGCGCUGGCGUGUGGCUGUUUUACGUUAGAAAUAAUCUGCUGCAUGUGUCAAAAUCUUGCCCUUAUCAUCUGAACUCUGAUCUUAUAAUUCUUGUCAAGUUGCCAAUGCCUACAUAGCUAAUUCCCGUGAAUAUCCUAGAAAAUAAUUCAAAUCGAAGACAGCCCUGUCCCAGCUGAGAGGUUGGAAUCUAGCUUCUGACAGCGCGUCUGAAUCACGAGUGGGAUACCAGAAUUUAAAGAAGUUAUUGAGGAGAUUAAUAAGUGACAAUCUUUUAUUCAUUCAUUCAUUCAUUCAUCCCCUUGUUCAAUCUUUGAUUCCAUCUCCUGCAAUGCAAUCACUGUUCUUUUUUUCUUCUCUUCUCUUCAGAGACCCGAGCCUGCGCCCUUCCUUUGCGCAGCUGAUGACCGCUCUCAAGCCGCUGCACCAGCUCGUCAUCUCCUCCCGCACGGACUCCCCCCCGCCGCCCCAACAAUUGUGA